AUGCAUAUGGAAUAUUUGACAGGCAACUACUUUUAAUUAAUUAAUUUUGUGGAUAAUGAAACAAAAAGUCUAAAUUUUAUUUAAUAUGAAUGUCUUGAUGAUACUACAAAAGAGAUUAAAAAAUUCCACUAACUAGGAUUUUCUUAAACUGAAUAGUUUAUAUUCUCAAAACAAAUAGAACCCUCAUAAUAUGAUGAUAUUUGGUUCUUUUUUUAAAUCAUUAGUUAUAUAUCUAAAAAGAAAGUAGAAUUAGCAAUUUACUCUUAAUUAAAUUAAAUUUAAAAGAAACUAUAGAACCUUGCUAUGCCUAAUAGAGAUUAAAAACAAAUAUUAUAUUUUGGAUGGAGUUUAAAAGUAUAUUUGAAUAAGAGAAUAUCUAUAGAAUUUGAUUAUUGGUCUAAAAUUACUCAAUAUUUUCAGAGGAUUGAAACUUGUUAAUGUGAUUGGGAUAAAAAAAAUAUAAAUUAAGAUUCUCAUUUAAUUUAUCUUGAUUAAUUGAAUAAUGUUUCAAUGAAAAUUAAUUGUAAUACUUAUACUAUAGCUGGAUGGCUUUAAAUAUCUAAUAUUUAUCAAAUUUCAGAAGAGUUUACUUAUUAAUUUAUGAAAAUAAGUAUAUUCUUAGAUAGAUUAUAAAAUUGAAAAUUUAGUUAUAUUUUAACAAUUUUAUCUUUUCUCACCUAUUCAAAAUAAAUUAAUAAUUACAAAAUAUCAAUACUAUUUUCUGUCUGUUACUUUAGACUUUUCAAAGAAUCCACUUUUAAUUAGAAGGGAAUUACCUAUUUAUAAUUCGAUUACUUCAUGGCAAUAUGUAUAAAUAAAUUUGUAGGAAAGUGUAUUAGAAUUUUCGAUAAUAUUUUAUGAAGGCCAAUAUACUUAAUCAUACAAAACAACAAUUGAUAUAAAGUAAUUUGAUAAUUAUUAAUUAAAAAUAACUUAUAGAAAUAUUUAAUAAUCAAAUUUAAAUUAUUUAGAUGUAAUAGUAAAAAUUUGUUAUUUAAUAAUUGUAUGCAAGAUUUAAAAUAAUACAAAUUUAAUUAUAGUUGUUAAGAAUGUGAUGGUCCAAAUAAACAAGAUUGUUUAAAUUGUUCUAAGGAAUCAAAUAGAAUAUAUAUACCAAUUAAUACAUUUUAAAUUGUUCAAUAUGUUUUUUAGAUAGAAAAUAAUAUAUUAAUGCAUAACAUGUGAAUCUGGAUAUUUAUUAUAAGAUGGAUCAUGUUAUGAAAAUUAAGAAUAAAUUCCUAUUAUUUAAAUUAAUAUUGGAAUUUAAAAAUAGAAAGUUUUUUAAUGA